AUGUCUGACUUGGGUUCCAUCGAUCUUGAAGACGGAAACGACUUCUACUUUGGCGAGUACGAAGGCGAACGAAACGAUGCCGGAGAGCGCCAUGGCCAUGGAAAGGCUACCCUGCCAAAUGGUGAUUAUUAUGAAGGCAACUAUGAAAAUGGAAAACGACAUGGAAACGGAAUCUACAAAUUUAAGAGCGGCGCCCAGUACGUCGGACAGUAUGAUAAGAACAAGAAGCACGGCAGCGGCACGUUUUAUUACCCCGACGGUUCCGUCUUCAAGGGCGACUACGCCGAUGAUCAUAGAAAUGGAAAAGGAACUUACACUUAUCCUAACGGAGAUACUUUCGAGGGUCACUGGCAGGAUGGUCAGCGACACGGCGUAGGAACUUACAUUUACUCUGACACACAGUCCCGCUACACUGGCAGCUGGGUCAAGGGCAAAGCAGAAGGCGCCGGCGAACUCGUCCAUGCUAACCAUAGAUACCAAGGAAGCUGGAACGACAAUCUUCCUAAUGGCCCUGGAAAGUAUAUUUUCAACAUCUGCUGCGAACAGCAUGGUGAAUACAUUCCUGUUGAGAUUCCAAUGGAUGUUGAUGACGAAGAAGCUACCAACAUCACGAUUCCAAAAUGGAAGGCCACCAAAGUUUGCGGCAUCAGCGUCGAAAAGUAA